AUGCGGGUACAAAUACAAAAAUCCGCCCAAAUUCUUGAAUUCUUGAAAAAGAAAUCGGUAUGGCUGCAACACUGCCAGACAACGUCUUCAGUGUGCGCGCUAGACUCCAAGGAUGCUGUACAGGUUGCACCUUGUGGACACAGUCUUAACUCCAUUCCCGGACCCACGAGCUGGCCGCUGGUCGGCAGCCUAAUUGAACUGGUUCGAAAAGGGGGCUUGACUCGGCAACACGAUGUAUUGAUUGAGUACCAUAAAAAGUAUGGGAAAAUAUUUAAAAUAAAACUGGGAUCUUUCGAAUCAGUUCACAUCGGCGCACCUUGCCUGCUGGAAGCGCUGUACAGAAAAGAGAGCGUAUACCCGCAGCGGCUUGAAAUCAAACCCUGGAAAGCGUACAGGGAUUUAAGGAACGAGGCGUACGGACUUCUAAUUAUGGAGGGGAAAGACUGGCAGAGAAUGAGGAGCGCAUUUCAGCAGAAAUUAAUGAAACCUACAGAGGUUGCUAAACUUGAUGCGAAAAUAAAUCAGGUUUUGGCCGAUUUCGUCAAAAGAAUUGGACGCGUGAGCCACAACGGACAGAUUAAGGACUUGUAUUUUGAGUUGAAUAAAUGGUCUUUUGAAACCAUUUCAUUGGUACUGUAUGAUAAGAGAUUUGGACUUCUGCACCAGGAUGUGGACGAAGAAGCCAUAAACUUUAUAACAGCCAUAAAAACAAUGAUGAGCACGUUUGGCAUGAUGAUGGUCACUCCAGUGGAACUUCAUAAGACCCUGAACACGAAGACGUGGAAGGACCACACCGCCGCCUGGGAUUGUAUAUUUAGCACAGCGAAACUGUACAUUGACAGGAGACUGAAACGCCACGUGAGCAAACCCAAAGAUGACUUCCUGUGUGACAUCUUCCACCACAGCAACCUUUCCAAGAAAGAGCUAUAUGCGGCCACCACAGAGCUGCAGAUAGGGGGAGUGGAGACGACGGCCAACAGCAUGCUUUGGGCUAUUUUCAACCUCUCCCGCAACCCUCGCGCUCAAGCAAAGCUGCUGCAAGAAAUCCAAGCCGUGGUCCCCCUCCAUCAAUCACCCAGCGCCGAGCACAUCAAGAGAAUGCCGUACCUCAAAGCCUGUCUUAAGGAGUCCAUGCGUUUAUCACCCUCUGUCCCAUUCACAAGCCGAACUUUAGACAAGGAGACUGUGCUGGGGGACUAUUCCCUACCAAAGGGAACAGUCUUGAUGAUAAACAGCCACGCUCUGGGCUACAACGAGGAGUACUUUGAAAACGGGAAGCAGUUCAAACCUGAGCGGUGGCUGCAGGACAGGGGCUCCAUCCACCCCUUCGCUUACGUGCCCUUUGGGAUCGGGAAGAGGAUGUGCAUCGGCCGCCGGCUGGCGGAGCUGGAGCUGCAGCUGGCCCUGUGCUGGGUGAUCAGGGAGUAUGAAAUUGUGGCGACGGAUUAUGAACCAGUGGAAGUGAUUCAUUCAGGGCUGCUGGUCCCCAGCCGUGAGCUGCCUGUGGCCUUCAUCAGGCGAUGAGGGCACACCUUUGCUUUCUCCGUGUCCUGGGCAGCUGUGCAUGAAGACAGAGAGACUGUCGGUACCGGAUGCUCACCUCCAGGAGCCUCUGCUUGUUCAUCAUCUGUUAUCGAGCAAUACUGGAGACCAGAGCAAGGCAACUGUGUCAGAGCAAAGAUAAACAGAAUACCUCCCAGCUCAAGUACUCAGCUUCAGGCCUCUAACUGCAGUGCUACUUUUUAGCAUUUACACGUCAUUUACAUGAAUCAUUGGUCACUGAAACUAAUUAAAUAUGUCUUGCAGGAGGCAAAAAAACAAUAAUAUUGCCAAUAUGGAAACAAAUGGGCAGCUUAAAAUGAAAUUGAUGCCACAUUCUCAUUACUUUAGGAGAACACUCCCGCUGAACUGACAAGGGAGGACAAUGGCAAUCAUCCUAAUUUAAUCUUGUGUCAUGUGACCAACUGAUGGCAUAUCUGGAUUAAAAUAAGAUCUUAAUGCUACAACAAUUUAGCAUUUUCUAUGUAAUCAACUAAAGCUGCUUUCAUAAAAGCUGUGCAAACUCACUUAAAUAUACUAUUCAGGGCUAAGGACAUAUUUCUUUUUGGUUCCAUUGAAUAUAGCCUCGAUCAGGCUAACAACAGAUAUGAAUUUAUUUUGCUACUGUAUAAAAGUGUACCUCUUAAUAUGUAAACUUUCAAAGCAAUUAUUACUUUGUGUGUAAAACUUUCCUGUACAGUAUGCAUCUUGUGAAUUGUGUACAUAAAUUAUUGUCUUAUCAUGUACAUAUAUACAGUUUAUGCAAUUGACUGUGUUUGUUUCUUUAUUUAAUUAAAACCUCACAAUAUUGACCAAAGUUUAAAAUAUUAUGUCUUUGGUGUUUUUUUUAAUUAUAAACGGGAUGAAAUGGCAUUUCAUUUAAGACCCUGUGCAAUCAAAAUCAUCAUUACAUUACAGGCAUUUGGCAGACGCUCUUAUCCAGAGCGACGUACAAGAAAGUGUAUAACCAUAACCAGGAACAAGUAUGACAAAAUGAUCUAAAUAGUUACUGUAUACAUAAAUAAAAAAAAGUGGAAAU